GGCGUCAUCCUCUUCCGCCACAUUUUCGAUAUCGCGCCCGAGGCCAAGGGCCUCUUCUCGUUCGCCAAGGGCAAGCAGUCCGACGAGGAUUUGUACAACAACCUCUACCUCAAGAAGCACGGCGCGAACGUCGUCAUGACCGUGAACACGGCCGUCGAGGGCCUCACGGACCUCGACGCGCUCGUGCCCGUGCUCAAGGGCCUCGGCAAGCGCCACCCACACACAUCGCCUCCACCGCAGGUGCUCCCGCCGCACUACGACGUCGUCGGCCAGGCGUUGAUCGCGACGCUCGGCGACGCUCUCGGACCGCAGCUGACGCCGGAGGUCAAGGAGGCCUGGCUCGCCGUCUAUGGUAUCGUCAAGGACACCAUG